AUGGCUUUUGACGAGAAGUUUCAAGCCGGCGAGGCUUACAAGGACCCUAAGAAGGAUUCCUUGAGCCUCGACGACCCUCUCAAGAUAGCCACAGCGCUUGUUAAGGACUACGCAGGUGUCCGUGAAGCGGCGUCUAUCCCACAGCUUGCGGAGCUUAUCCGAGAGCUGAUUGAGAAAGGGAAGCCUCUUGAUGAUAGGAAGGGUACGACCGAGCUCUUGAUCGGCAUCCUCACCUGUCUCCCAUCGACAUCUGAGGUCAGGACCCUACUCACUAACAAGCUCAUCGACACACUGUGGGGCAACCUUCAGCACCCGCCCUUGUCCUACGUCGGUGGUGAUGUCAAGUACGAAGUUGUCAACUCCAAAGACCCAGCGGCCCAACAGUCUCACAAGCCUUACGACACCAUCGAGUUCAAGUCUCCGGACAGCGAUAUCAUACUGCGGGAGCAGGUCCCACAAGCACCGGAUGGCCUCCAUCAAUACCGUAUGCCGGAUGGAAGCUACAACAACAUCACAGCGCCCAACCUGGGCAAGGCUGGCACGCCCUAUGCUAAGUCUGUCAGGACCGUCAAGCGCCUUCAGGGAGUCAAGCCAGAUCCUGGUCUGCUGUUCGACCUCCUGCUUGCCCGAGAUGACAACACCUUCAAGGAGAAUCCAGCCGGAAUCUCAUCCAUGCUCUUCUAUCACGCCGCCAUCAUCAUUCACGACAUCUUCCGCACCAACCGCACUGACAUGAACAAGUCUGACACUUCAUCCUACCUUGAUUUGGCACCUCUGUAUGGCUCUUCCUUGAAGGACCAGCUGGAGAUCCGCACAAUGAAGGCCGGCAAGCUCAAGCCCGACACGUUCCAUGAGAAGCGCUUGCUCGGCCAGCCCGCCGGCGUCAAUGUUAUGUUGGUACUCUACAGCCGUUUCCACAACUAUGUCUGCGACAUUCUGCUCCAGAUCAAUGAGAACGGUCGCUUCUCACUCGAGUGUGGACCCGAUGCCAGCCCCGAAGAUCGUGCCCGUGCCUUGGCCAAGCAGGACCACGACCUCUUCAACGUGGCACGACUGAUCGUCGGUGGUCUCUACGUCAACAUCUGCCUGCACGAUUACCUGCGUGCCAUCACCAACACCCACCACUCUGCCAGCGACUGGACCCUGGAUCCACGCGUCGCCAUCGACAAACAGUUCGACGGCGACGGUGUGCCGCGUGGCGUUGGCAACCAGGUCAGUGUCGAGUUCAAUCUCCUGUACCGCUUCCAUUCGUGCAUCUCCAAGCGCGACGAGAAGUGGAUCAAUGGCUUCUUCCUCAAGUUGUUCCCCGGCCGCAAGGCGGAGGACCUACAGGAUGUGAGCUGGGUCGAGCUCGGCCAGGCCUUGGUCACCUACGAGCAGAGCAUCCCCAAGGAUCCCAGCGUCCGCACGUUCGAUGACCUCGAGCGCCAGGCCGACGGCACCUUCAAGGAUGCAGACCUCGUACGCAUCCUCAAGGACGCCAUGGAAGACCCGGCUGGUGCUUUCGGCGCCCGCAUGGUCCCCAAGGCCCUCAAAAUCGUCGAGGUGCUCGGCAUCAACCAGGCCCGUAAGUGGCAGGUGGCAUCGCUCAACGAGUUUCGCGAGUUCUUCGGCCUCAAGCGGUACGAAAAAUUCAGCGAGAUCAAUGCCAAUACCGACAUCGCCAACCUGCUCGAGAAGCUGUACACUGACCCGGACAUGGUCGAGCUGUACCCCGGCCUCAUGGUCGAAGAUAUCAAGCCACCGCGCAAUGCCGGCUCUGGAAUCUGCCCAACGUACUCGGUCGGCAGAGCGGUGCUGUCCGACGCUGUCACGCUGGUGCGCUCGGACAGAUUCAACACGCUCGACUUUACCUGCACCAACCUCACCAACUGGGGCUUCAAUGAGGUGCAGCAGGACCCCAAGACGCUGGGCGGUUCCAUGCUGUACAAGCUGAUCCAGCGCGGUCUGCCCAACUGGUUUCCCUACAACUCGGUCGCCGUGAUGCAGCCCAUGUACACCAAGAAGAUGAACGAGCAGAUCGCGCGCGAGCUGGGCACCAUGAGCCAGUUCACGCUGGACGACCCCAAGCCGCCGCCCAAGCCCGUCGUCGUCUUCAGCCAGGCCUCGAUCAAGCAGGUGCUCAGCAGCCCGAAGCAGUUCGUCGUGCCCUGGCUCAAGCCCAUCAACGACCUGUUCCCGGGCAAGAAGGACCUCGGCUGGUUCAUGCUCGCGGGCGACGAGCCGCGCAACUACGAGCACCGCGCCAACAUGCUCAAGGCCAUGGGCAAGAUCCCGGACCUGCACCAGGCCGUGCAUGACUUCGUCGAGCGCGCGGGCGCCCGGCUCGUCGAGAAGGAGACUUUCAAGAUGCGCGAGGGCCUGCACCAGAUCGACCUCAUCCGCGACGUCGCCAUCCCGCUCAACGCGCAGCUGCUGGCCGACCUGUUCUACUUUGACCUGCGCACCGACGAGAACCCCAAGGGCACGCUGGGCACGGCCGAGCUGUACCGCAGCCUGCUCGCGAUCCGCGUGUGGGGCGUUAACAACAACGACCCUGCGCGCGCGUGGACGCGGCGCCGCGAGGCCCAGGAGGGCGCCAAGGUCGUGAUCGACUCGACGCGCACGCUUGUGGACGAGGUUGCCCGUAGCCGUGGGCUCGGCCUUGGCAUCGCGUCUGCCGUGUCCGGGCUUAUUACCCGCAAGGCCGACCUCAAGAAGGGCUCUCUGCGCUCUGGCGGCUACAGACUCGUCGAGGAGCUGCUGGCACAGGGCAACUCGGCCGAAAAGGUGGUCGACAACCUCUGGCUUACGGCCUUUGGAGGCAUCGGCGUCCCUGUCACUGCGUUUUACGAGAUCAUGGAGUUCUUCCUGCGCCCAGAGAAUGCCUCCAUCUGGGCCGAGGUGCAGAGCCUCGCCCAGAAGAACGAUGACAAGACACUUCAUGCCUAUGUUGCUGAAGCCCAGCGCCUCACCAGCUCGCAGCGCAAUGUUCGUGUAGCAGUGCAGCCGGCCGAGCUCGAGGGCAAGACUGUCCAGCCCGGCAAUCUCGUUGUCAUGAUGCUGGGCGAGGCUGGACGCAACCCCAAGGAAGUCCCUGAUGCAGCCAAGUUUGAUCCACAGCGCAAGACAGAUGCAGUGACCGCCUUCAGCUACGGUCCGCACGAGUGUAUAGCCAAGCAGUUGGCGCAAGCCUUCGUCGUCGGACUCGUGAAGCUCUCGGCCGACUUGAAGAAUCUUCGCCCUGCGCCAGGCCAGAUGGGUGUGGUCAAGACAAUCAGGGUCGGCACUGAGAAGGCAUAUCUCAACGACAGUUGGUCUCAUCUCGGCUUUGACGCCAGCACCUGGAAGGUCCAUUUCGAUGGACACGGCAAAGGAAACUUUGAGGGCGAGAGAACGCCGACGAACCUCACCUCGAUGCAGCAGUACUACCACGACAUUCUCAAACGUAAGGACGAGCUACUGAAGUGA